AUGAGGGGCCUUUCCGAUACCAUCUUGCCCUGGGCUGCCUUGGCUGUGCUGGCCGCCGGUCAAGGCUUUGUGCCCGCCCCGAAGAAUGUGAAGACACUCUUGUCCGAGAAGUUUCCGGGGGCUGAGAUCUCCUACAAAGAGACGAGUAUCUGCGAGACCACAGAGGGCGUCAGGUCUUUCAGCGGAUACGUGACCCUCCCGAAGGCCCUCCUCGAUGACACCGAGGGCUGGGACGAAGGCGUUGCUGCCCACCUCUUCUUCUGGUACUUUGAAUCUCGCAACAAUCCCGAAACUGCGCCGACCAGCAUCCGCAUCGGCGGCGGGCCCGGCGCCUCUUCGUUUGAUUUUACCCCCAACUUCCCUUGCCAGAUCAACCCCGACUCCAACUCGACGACGCUCAGCGAGUUCUCGUGGAACCAGAACUCCAAUCUGCUAUACAUCGACCAGCCCAUCGGCACCGGCUUCUCCUACACCACCCUUCUCAACGGCACCAUGGACCUUAUAACCUCUGUCUUCACUGCCGUCGAGGAUGGAGGCACCAUAGAUGAAUCGCAGCUCAACUUGACCACUGUGAGGGCCACCCUCGACCAAAACUUGCAGGAGCGGCAGUUUGUCAACUUUGCUCUGAUUCCGCGGACCACCCUGAGCGCAGCCAGGACCCUGUGGAAGUUUGCCCAGGUUUGGUUCAACGAGUUCCCCGAGAGAAGAACUACGAACGAACAGAUCAACCUCUGGACUGUCUCGUACGGCGGCUUCUACGGCCCCUUUUUCUUCAGCCACUUCCUCGACCAGAACGAGCUCAUCACCGCGGGCCAGUCUCCCCUGGCCAACGCCACGCCCCUGCAGCUCGGGAUCCUCGGCCUCGCGGAGCCCUGCAUCGACUCCCUCGCCACGGCGAUAAGCUACCCCGACUUCGCGCGCAACAACACCUACGGCAUCAAGCUGUACCCGGAGGAGACGUUCGUCGAGCAGAUGGGCCGCGUCGAGGCCCCCGAGACCGGCUGCCUCGCCUUGAUCGAGAAGUGCCACGCGCUGGCUCGCGAGGGCGAUCCUCUGGGCGCUGGGCUCAACGACACGGUCAACGCGGCCUGCGCCACCGCUUCCGGCCUGUGCUUCGGGGACAUCCAGGCGGUUAUUAGUAAAUUCAGCACCCGCGCGCCCUUCGACAUCACCUUCGACGAGCUGGUCCGGCCGCACGAGGAGAAGGUCGCGUUCCUCAACCAGCGCUGGGUGCAGGAGGACCUCGGCGUGCCGCUCAACUUCACCGCGUCGUCGAACGUCAUCGUCGAGACCUUCUUCGGCGUCACCGGCGACCCCAUGAUCCGCGACCUCUCGGCCCUCGCCAGCGUCCUGGCCCGCGGCGUCAACGUCGUCAUCGCCAGCGGCGACCGCGACUACCGCUGCAACUGGUUCGGCGCCGAGAACGUGACGCUGAGCCUCGACUUCCCCGCCGCCAGCGCGUUCCGCGCGGCGGGCUACGCGGCGCUGCGCACGAACGCGUCGCACACGGGCGGCCUGGUGCGGCAGCAGGGCGGGCUGGCGUUCGCGCGCGUCUUCGCGGCGGGGCACGGCGUGUCGGCGUACCAGGGCGAGACGGUGCUGCGGCUGUACGAGCGCGCGCUGGCGCGGCGCGACGCCGCCACCGGCGAGGUCGCGCUGGCCGACCGCCCGGACUACGCGACGGCGGGCCCCGCCGACGUCCGCGCCGUCGCUAACGAGGCGCCCCCCCCCGCGCUGAGCACCUGCUGGCUCUACGCCGCCCCCAUCAGCUGCACCCCCGCCCAGCUCGCCGCGCUGCGCGACGGCUCCGCCGACGUCGAGAACUUCGUCGUCGUCAGCCCGCAGGGCACCCGCGGCCGCUGGCUCGACGGCCCGGGUGUUGGCGCUGAGCCUGCGCCCGCCCCUGUGUCUGACGCGUGCCCUAGCAAGAGGCGCCGUGCGGCCGCGUAGGUGCGCCCCGAGACGCGUGUACGUGCGCUCGGGGUCUGGGACUGGCUUGCCUUUUGCGGAACGAGGUUGAGAGCCGUGGCUCUGCGGUUGGGCAGAGCGGACUGAUAGCACAGACGAGGCCUUCCCCGCCUCCUCAGGCUCUUUAGACUUAGUA